AUGGCUUGCCUUACACCCGGAGUUCUCUCCAACCUUCUCCAUAUCGCCGCCGGAAACAUCGCUUCCUCUCCGCCGUUGUUAUCCUCACACCGCUCCCCACUCCUCCAGGUUAUCGAGAUCGUCCCUUGUCUCUCCGACGACCAAUGGCGUAGCGAGGGGUUCUUCAUCAAAGUCUCCGACUCUCUCCACGCCGCUUACGUCGCCGUUCUCGCCGGUGAUGACGCCGAUCUGAUACGCUCCGACGAAAUCCAGCUAGGGCAGUUUGUUUACAUCCACGGUGGUUUACACGUCGAGAAAGGAUGCCCUGUUCCCGUUAUCCGUGGACUGAAGCCAGUCCCGAAGCGGCGGCUGUGCAUUGGAAACCCUAGCGAUCUCGUCUCUAGCGAUUUUCUGCUCAAUGUUACUCAGUUAUCUGUGUCGCCGAUUGCAACUACGACUACGACUACGACGACGAAGAAGAAGAAGAACAAUCUCGGUGACACGAGGAGAUUGAGCUUGGAUUCCGCGAGAAGGAGUUGUUGGGAUCAGACUCCUCCGGUGACUCGCCGCCGUGACGCUGCAUUGCUUCUUUCUUCCCCACGUCUCAAACCCAAACUGAUCUUGACUGAUAAGAAUCUGCCAAAGAUCGAGUCACCAUCAAAGCACCUUAACUGCGAAACCCCUGCUUCAAGAAACAGAGUUGUGGUUAAGCCUAAAUCACCUAUAUCCAUGGCCAAAUCUCCAAAAGAUGGUAUAAAGUCGUUGUCAAAGACAGUGGCUCCUCCGGUUACGUUUUUUAAGCUGCCUUCAAGUCACAUGACAUGGUCUGAUGAGAGAAUCUCAUGGAGUGGACUCCCAAAAACCAUUCAGCUGCUCGGAAAAGAAGUUUCAUCCAAUAGGCAAGUAGCAGUUUCAGCUGCAAUAAACGCAUUGGAGGUAGCAUCCGCCAUGGAGUCUGUUCUACUCAGUUUGCAGUCCUUUGCCGAGCUGUGUGAUUCUUCUGAAAACUUAUCAACAGGACAAGUUGUGCGCCGGUUCUUGGACAUGUACCACAGUACACAGAACACAGGCAAAGCAGUCCAUAUGUUGCUUACUAGCAAUCGAAACAAUGGCUCGUGUAGAUCAGCAGCUAAUAAAAACGCAGUAUCUUGGGUUCAAGAUGCGGUUGUGGCUGGUUUUUCGCAGUUUAACUUAUUCAAAGACCCUGGAAAGCAAGAAGAGGAUUAUGCUGCUGCUCACCAAGACCAACAUCACUACAUUGUUCUACAAAACUCUUCCGAGAGACUGAAUCUAAAGGAGAGGACAAGUCCAAGAGCCCUAGCUUGCAAGGGUUUCAAGAAACUGCCUUCAAAACGUCAUUCUGUUUCAGGAAGAAGUAGCUUAGAACGUAAAAGCAAGUUGAGAGAGUCAGCAAGUCUAGCAGACGAGCUACUCCGAGUUUCAAGCCAAUGGUUCUUGAAAUACUUAGAGAGCUCACUAAAGAAAAGGUCUUUCUUGGUGAAGAAGGAAGAUGCAAAUGGAAAAGAGUCUCUUCUUUUCCACCUAAAAGCGGUUAACCGUUGGCUCGAUGAUCUGAUCUUAAACAGAACGGAAACGAGCGAGAGAGUCGAAGAUUUGAGAAAGAAACUGCAACGGUUUCUACUUGAACAUAUUGAAUCAGCCAUCGGAGAAACUCAGUAA